CCAAACAAGAUGAAUGAAAACGAGAGAGAGAGAGAGAGAGAGAGAGAGAGAGGGGCUGAGAGGUGUAUUCUGUGGCAUACAGAAACUUGUUACUUUCCAAAAUCUUGAUGACGGUGAAUUGGUGAUAAAUGUUGAAUGCCAAGAUAGAAAUGCACAAUAAGGAUUUGAGGUGGGUUUUUGAAGAAACCGCCAUUGAUGCUGAAAUGAAGCUUCUUUAGUAGUACAUAGGGUGUUCCAAUGCAGCAUCACAGAUCUGUCAUGGGAACCUACCAGAGGAAGCUCGUGUUUUUGCUGGUUUUCUAUCUUGUUACUCUGGUUUUUGGGGCCACUGACCAGGGUGACCUUGAAGUUCUGCUCAAGUUCAGAGAUGGGUUAGAGAAUCCGGAGCUCUUGAACUGGCCGAAGAAUGGCGAUGACCCCUGUGGCUCUCCGAAGUGGGACCAUGUCUACUGUUCUGGUUCAAGAGUUACUCAGAUUCAGGUUCAGGGAAAGGGGUUGAAGGGUACUCUGCCUCAGGACUUGAACAGGCUCUCCAUGCUGGAAAACGUUGGCUUCCAGAGAAACCAAUUUAGUGGGUCGUUUCCAUCCUUUAGUGGAUUAUCGAAUUUGCAGUACAUUUACGCGGAUUUCAACAAUUUUUCUUCGAUUCCAGAUGAUUUCUGUGACGGUUUGGUGGAUUUGCAAGUAUUGGCUUUGGAUCACAACAAUUUUAAUGCCAGUACUGGAUGGUCAUUGCCCAAGUCCCUGCAAGAUUCUGCCCAAUUAACCGAACUCUCUUGCUGCAGUUGCAAUUUGGUUGGUUCUUUGCCGGAUUAUCUUGGUUCCAUGACUUCUUUGAUGAACUUGAGGCUUGCUGGCAAUAGUUUAUCCGGUGAAAUUCCAAGGAGUCUCGCCGGCCUGAAUCUGCAGGCGCUUUGGUUGAAUGAUCAGCUUGGUGGUGGGUUGACAGGACCUAUAGAUGUGGUGGCAACCAUGGAGACGCUUACAGUUCUAUGGCUGCACGGGAAUCAGUUCACUGGGCCAAUUCCGGAAAAUAUUGGUAACUUAAUUUUCUUGAAGGAUCUUGAUCUUAAUGGCAAUCUACUUGUUGGCUUGAUUCCUAAUAGCUUAGCAAAUAUGAAGUUAGACAAGUUAGAUUUGAACAAUAAUCACUUAAUGGGUCCAGUCCCACAGUUUAAAGCUACUAAUGUGAGUUUUGGUUCAAAUGCAUUCUGUCAAAUCACUGAGGGGCUUCCUUGUGCCCCUGAAGUUAUGGCACUUAUAGAGUUUCUUGGUGGGGUGAAUUACCCGACUAGGCUUGUUGAUUCAUGGUCUGGUAACGAUCCAUGCAAAGGGUGGUUUGGAAUAAGUUGCAAUCCCAACCAGCAGGUUUCUGUCAUAAGUUUGUCUCAUUUUAAUCUCUCUGGCAUCUUGAGUCCUUCAGUUGCAAAGUUGGAGUUCCUUUCUCAAAUUAAUCUUCAGUCUAAUGAUAUAAGUGGCCAAAUUCCAGAAAACUGGACCAGCUUGAAGUCUCUGAAAACUUUGAAUCUCAGUGGCAACAACAUUUCUGGUCUAUUACCAAAAUUUGCAAAAACAGUUCAUCUCGUCAUAGAUGAUAAUCCUCUAUUGAAUAAUAAUGAGUCUGCCACAAACCCCUCCACUGGAAACAGUCCACCAACUGAGAAUUCAGGAUCACCAACUGAGAAUACAGGAUCACCGACUAAGAACUCAGGCUCUCCACCUCACAAAAGCUCAGGAUCUGGUAAAGGUGCUUCUCCCGUGCAACCAACCAAAGAAAAAGGUUUCAAAAGAAGCACUUUAGUCAUAAUUGUUACCCCCAUUGCAAUUUUUGCAGUUCUUGCUGUUCUUAUCAUUCCUCUUUCAGUCUAUUGUUACAAGAAAAGAAAAGACAGUAGCCUGCCUCCAAGUUCCCUUGUGAUUCACCCAAGAGAUCCAUCUGAUUCCAAUAACAUGGUUAAGAUUGCUGUUGCCAAUAAUACCAAUGGAAGCACUUCCACCCUAACAGGUAGUGGCUCAGCAAGUAGAAACAGUGGCAGUGUUGGUGGUGAAUCUCAUGUCAUUGAAGCUGGAAACUUAGUCAUAUCAGUUCAAGUGCUUCGAAAUGUGACAAAGAAUUUUGCUUCAGAAAAUGAGCUUGGCCGUGGUGGCUUUGGUGUGGUUUAUAAGGGAGAACUGGAUGAUGGAACGAAAAUUGCUGUUAAAAGAAUGGAGGCUGGUGUAAUCAGUAGCAAAGCCUUGGAUGAAUUCCAGGCUGAGAUUGCAGUUCUUUCAAAGGUCCGGCACCGUCAUUUGGUGUCUCUAUUGGGUUAUUCCAUUGAAGGCAAUGAGAGAAUUCUUGUUUAUGAAUACAUGCCUCAAGGAGCACUAAGUAAGCAUCUUUUCCAUUGGAAGAACUUGAAAUUAGAACCACUAUCAUGGAAGAGGCGGCUAAAUAUUGCCUUGGAUGUAGCCAGAGGAAUGGAGUACCUUCACAACCUGGCCCACCAGAGCUUCAUACACAGAGAUCUUAAAUCAUCAAAUAUUUUACUUGGUGAUGAUUUCAGAGCCAAAGUUUCAGAUUUUGGAUUGGUCAAACUUGCUCCUGAUGGGGAGAAAUCUGUUGUUACCAGGCUUGCCGGAACUUUUGGAUACCUAGCUCCAGAGUAUGCAGUGACAGGGAAAAUCACAACCAAAGCUGAUGUCUUUAGUUUUGGGGUGGUUUUAAUGGAGCUUUUGACUGGAUUGAUGGCACUGGAUGAGGACAGGCCAGAGGAAAGCCAGUACUUGGCUGCAUGGUUCUGGCGUAUCAAGUUAGAUAAAGAGAAACUGAAGGCUGCUGUUGAUCCCGCCCUUGACAUGAAAGAUGAAACAUUUGAGAGCAUCUGCAUCAUAGCUGAACUUGCUGGACACUGCACCACAAGGGAGCCCAACCAACGACCAGAUAUGGGUCAUGCCGUGAAUGUAUUAGCUCCACUUGUCGAGAAAUGGAAGCCACUGGAUGAUGACACUGAGGAUUAUUGUGGCAUUGAUUACAGCCUCCCACUUAACCAGAUGGUGAAGGGCUGGCAGGAAGCUGAAGGAAAUGAUGCAAGUUAUAUGGAACUAGGAGACAGCAAAGGCAGUAUCCCACCUAGGCCAACCGGUUUUGCUGAGUCAUUCACCUCUACUGAUGGUCGGUGAAAAGAAUUAUUUUGUUUUAGUUCGAUUUAUACACUAUUGUUUGUUCGAUGUUGUAGAUAAUAUGUUGUGUUCUUUCCUGUUGAGAAUACAAUGCAAUACGUUUUCGACUCCAUGCUUGUGUUCUGGAUUUUCCGUUGUGAGGUUUUACUUAUUGGUGGUAAUGUAGACAGACUAUGAUGAAUGAGAAUUGUUUGCUGGUCUUCUUGAUUCAUUUCUGCAGUCCUAGACAAUUUACC